AACAUGCACGUUAUAAGAUUAACCAAAGAUCUGUUAAAAAGGUCGAAUUAUAUGAAACGGGGUUAUGGCGAAUUCUUUACACACUGCACUGCUGAAUUAGCCAUCGCAUGCCUUCCUUCCCGGCGCUUCAAGUCUCAAACCAUUUGCGCCACUGCACAUUCGAACAGUUGCAGCAGCUUCAUGCCUUAAUUAUCAAAACAUCCCUAGACCAAAUCCCCGAAAUCCGUUUAAAGUUCCUCCGGCGCAGCACUGAAUUUGGGGGAAUGGAGUAUUCGAAUCUCAUUUUCAACCAAAUGGGCGGUUUUUUCAACUCAGAAGUCACUCUUUGGAAUACGAUGGUAAGAGGCUAUGCUUAUAAUGGACCCUUUAGGAAUUGCAUCUCAAUGUUUGAUGAAAUGACUCUUAGAAAUCUUAAACCAAAUAAUUUUACAUACCCUUACGUUUUGAACUCUUGCUCUCAGUUGGGAUUGUUUAGUAAAGGCCAAAGAGUGCAUUGUCAGAUAAUAAAGUCUGGAUUUGUGAAUGCCUUUUCAGUUGGGAAUGGCCUUUUUGAGUUUUAUGUAAAAAAGAUAGAUUCUUUACAGACGGGUUUGGGGGAAAGUAGUAGUUUACAUGAUGCUAGGAAGAUUUUCGAUGGUGCGUGUGAAAAGACAAUUGAAUUAUGGAACAGAAUGGUUGGUAUGUACGCGAGUAUUGGGGAUAUGACCAGUGGAAGAGAACUGUUUGAUAAAAUGCCUGAAAGAGAUGUGGUUUCAUGGAAUACUGUUAUUUCUGGCUAUGUUAAAGCAGGUGAAAUUGUGAAUGCUAGAGGUUUGUUUGAGCGAAUGCCAGAGAAGAAUGUGGUGUCUUGGACUACUAUCGUUGGGGCUUAUGCUCAUGUAGGUGACAUCAAAACUGCGAGGAAAUUUUUUGAGAAAAUGCCCGAGAGAAAUGUGGUCUCAUGGAAUUGUAUGAUGUCGGGUUACACCCAGAAAGGGGAAUUUCAGGAGGCACUCGAUCUUUUUGUUCAGAUGCAAUUAGAAGGUCUCGAGCCAGAUUCUUUCUCCUUUGUUUCAGCUCUAUCAGCCUGUUCUAACUUAAGUAAUCUUCAGUUUGGGAAAUGGGUGCACACUCUGAUAAAAGAUUGGCCUAAUCUAGGUGUUAUAGUAGGGACAGCCCUUAUAGAAAUGUAUGCUAAAUGUGGAUAUAUCGAUAGGGCAUUUACAUAUUUUAUCAAGAUUGGAAAUAAGGAUGUCUUUUGCUACAAUGUUAUGAUCAAGUCUCUGGCUAUCCAUGGGAGAGCAAAUGACGCUAUCAGAAUUUUUCAUCUGAUGCAGAAAAGACAACUAAAUCCGAAUGACUUCACAUUUUCUUGCGUGCUGUUUGCUUGCAGUCACGGAGGAUUAGUGGAAGAGGGGCGCGAGAUUUUCCAUAGCAUGGGACGAGAGUUUAAGCUCAGUCCCAAGAUUGAACAUUAUUGCAUCAUGAUUGAUCUUCUAUCCCGAAAUGAUCAUCUUGAAGAAGGGAUGGUGUUGAUCAAUGAGAUGCCGGUCGAGCCCGACACUGCUACGUGGGGAGCUCUGUUAGGUGGAUGCAGGGAAAGAGGCAAUGUUGAAUUGGCGCAGAGUAUUGUAAAGAAGGUGAUUGAGUUGAAACCAAAAGAAGCUGGAGUUCAUGUGCUUUUAUCUAAUAUACAUGCUUGGAUGGGUCAGUGGUUGGAGGCAUUCCGCGCAAGGGAAGUGAUGGAAGAAAAUGGGAUAUGGAAGAGAUCAGGAAGCAGUAUCAUUCAAUGAUAUUCAAGGACGCCAGGGUAGAAAUAACUCGGGGAAAACCAUUUGUAUAGAGAAGGGGUUCAUAGAACCCCCCAGGAGAGACACAUGAGGUCAGCCUUACCCGAGACCCAUGGGUGAUAAAAAAUUGCAAAAAAGUGCCGACCUCCUGCCUUGUGUGUUGUCUGUAGAGCUUCUAUGAAGUUCCGUUUUGUACAUGUAGCAGGAUUCUAAUAACUUUUAGAAGAUGGCAUCAUUGUCAAGAAGGUCCAAAGAAGAUAGCAGGGAAUAAGCGGCCGUUGCGAAGUUAACAAAAAUUUUGGCAGGCCCAACAAGCCACAUAUCGGGUUGAAUGAGCAUCGUAAACAGCAUUGACAAAUUUAUACGUCUAAGCAUAUCGUUGCUCAAAAAGGAGGAAAGAAACCAACUUUCAAUAACAAUUUCUAAAGAGGACAAUGAUGCUAUCACAGUUAUGGUUAAUUGAACGGAAAUGGGAAUAUACGUUGACAGGUGAAGGUGUUAUUGACUGAUGAUGAAUUAAAAAAAUGACGACUAGAAUUAUUGGACAAUUUUUAUUAAACAUAGAGUUCUUUCACAGCUGUCAAAUGAUUCAUACAUGAUGUAACUGAUCUCAAAUGCAUUUGAAUGA